GAUGGAGAGACUUUAGCAGGGAGAAAGGGGGCAGAGUGUGGUAGAGAGGAAGAAUACCGAUUCACUUGCUCUAUCCGAGAGAACCGGGACCAGAAGUGAACAAGGCAGCCCCCCCUCAGCCAUGGACUGCGCGCUCCGGGGAGCGGGCGGCGGAUCGGCACUCAGAACAGACGAGCUCCUGACUCGGAUUUGUGGCCCUCUUUUAUCCUCAAAAUCAAGCGGAGAAACUUCAUCGGAAGCUCAGGCUCGGGCUCAGUAGACCCGCUGUCAGAGAGAGAAUCGGACAAAAAUAUAUAAUGGGCCCCAAAAGUCCAUGCGUCCCUCGGAGUUAGUUUUGGGGGUCAGAACUGUGCGCACUGAGCGCGGCGUCCUUUAAACUGCAGCGGAGCGCAGCGGGAAGGAUGCAGAGUUUGUUCCCGGUGGAUGCGCAGCGCUGUGCGUGGAGCAAAGCGGAGCGGAUCGCUGUGAAGAGGAGAGACUGUCUACUUUCCAUAAGGUUUGGGUGAGAAGCCACAGAGGUGUUUGGUUGAGGAACUAUCUUCAGUUCAUGAUGCAACAUCAUUAAUGCUCAGCAACAUGCUCUGAAUUCUGCCUGUCAAACAGAUGGUGACACCAUGAUGGACUUUUUGAACCAGCAUAAAAAUGGUUGGGUGUGGAUGAAGGAAUCUUACCCGUAGUGUGUUCUUAUUUUUUAUUUUUUGGAAACCUCAGGACAGCAGUUGCAGGAAUUGUCGAGGACUUUCUUCAAGACCAGGAUGGACACAAUGCAUAAAUCCUAUAAUUUCUUUGCUGGGAUUCUUGCUUUUUAUUAUUUUAAAUCCUGUAGUUACUUUAUCUGAUGUUUCUGCAUUGAACCAUAUGAAAUGGAGAUACUGUGGCUUUUAUGGAGUAAGGACUGUACCUCCUUAGUAAGACCAUUAAUUCCCAUACUGCUAGGCCUUCAUCUUCAAUUCUCACAAGCCUCUAACUGUCCCGAAGAGUGCCGCUGUGACCGGACCUUUGUUUACUGCAACGAGCGGAGCUUGACCUCAGUGCCUCUGGGAAUCGGUGAGGGCUACAAGACUCUCUACCUCCACAAUAAUCUGAUCAAUAAUGCGGGCUUUCCCCUAGAGCUGCACCAUGUGGCCUCUGUGGAAACUGUGUAUCUCUAUGGCAACCAGCUUGACGAAUUCCCAGUUAACCUGCCAAAAAAUGUAAGAAUUCUCCAUCUGCAGGAAAACAACAUUCAGACAAUCUCUAGGGCAGCUUUGUCUCAGCUUCUUCAGCUGGAGGAGCUGCAUUUGGAUGAUAACUCCAUAUCUACGGUUGGAGUGGAAGAAGGGGCAUUUCGGGAGGCUUUGAGCCUAAAGAUGCUAUUCUUGACCAAAAACCACCUAAGCAGCGUGCCUAUUGGUCUCCCAGAUGACCUGAAAGAGCUACGGUUGGAUGAGAAUCGGAUUGCGGUCAUUGCAGAGGAAGCAUUUCAGAAUGUUACUCGACUGGAACGCCUGUUGUUAGAUGGAAACCUGCUGACAGAUGAAGGGAUCUCACCUGGGACUUUUCAAGACUUGGUCACCCUGAGAGAUCUUUCUCUGGCACGGAAUUCAUUAACUUAUCCUCCCCCUUUCCUUCCUGGUGAGAAGCUUGUAAAGUUAAAUUUUCAGGAAAAUCAAAUAAACAAGAUCCCUGUGAAAGCAUUUUCUGGUUUACACAGGUUAGAAAGGUUAGAUAUUUCCAACAACCAGCUGCAGUCACUGGUUAGGGGUGUCUUUGAUGGUCUCGGGAGUUUAAGGCAGCUCACUGUCCGGAACAACCCAUGGCUCUGUGAUUGUGGCAUGCAUUGGGUGGUAUCAUGGCUCAAGUCUCUUCCUGUGUCACUGAAUGUGCGUGGUUUCAUGUGCCAUAAACCUGAAAAGUUAAGAGGUAUGGUGAUCAGAGAGCUAAGUGCCGACCUGGUCCACUGUCCGAAACCUACUUCAACAGCUGGCGCUGCUCUGAACUCAUCCGUUUCCACUUCCACAGACUUCCCUUUGAUUACCCAACAUGUUUCCUCUUCUAAACGACCCUUAACCACACUUCCCACCCUCUACACUAUUUACACAACCAGGGAGGAUGGACUGAGGACUAAACAGCCUCUAAAGGUAACUUUUAGUAUCUUAAAUGGGUCAGAUAUCCACGUACGCUGGUUGGCUUCUUUUCCAGUCACUGCCUACAAGGUGACCUGGGCCAGGAUGGAGCCCAGUUUGACUGGAGACACGGUCAGAGAGAGGAUAGUGGGUGGGGAUCAUCGAGGAAUCCGACUGACAAAUCUUGAGCCCAAGUCCACCUAUCGAAUCUGCGUUAUUCCCUUGGAUGCUUUUAAUAAUUACAGGCCUAGGGAUGAGACUGUUUGUACAGAGGCUGUGACAACUGCAGCCUUUUUCAGCCCAGAUAACAACAACCGGAGACGUUCUGGGCCAGAGCAGGCAACACAGCCAGAGUCCGGCUCACCACUUUUGCUGGCAGGACUCAUUGGAGCAGCUGUGAUUGUGGUGCUCGUGGUCCUACUCAGUAUCUUCUGUUGGCACAUGCACAAAAAGAGUCACUCAGAGUGGAAGUACAACCGGGGACGUAGAAAAGAUGAUUAUUGUGAGGCUGGCACCAAGAAAGAUAAUUCCCUCCUGGAAAUGACUGAAACAGGCUUCCAGAUAGUGUCGCUUAACAAUGAGCAACUCCUCAAGGGAGAUUUCCGCAUUCAGCCAAUCUACAGCCCUAAUGGGGUCCUCAGCUUCAGAGACUGCCCCCCAGUAAACAAUAGCACAGUGUACUGCAAGAACAAUGUCCAGGAUCAUGAUUCAUGAUGGUUCCAAAUACCAUUAGGACUGUUCUGUCCUGUAACUGCUCAGACGUUUUUAAAAUUCUGUAAAGUUAAUAUGAUUUAAAUAGCUAUGACUUCAAACAUGUAAUUUAUACAGCUGACUUUAUCAUCCCUUUUACAUACCAUGGUUGGAUUUAUGGGUUAUUGUUUUCUGGAGUUGUGAUGUUGCAAUUUUGUGCAGAGAGCAUAUAUUAAGAAACACAUUUAUUGUUUAUUGUUAAUAAGUGAGGAUGCCUUGUUUUAUUGUACUUUUGUGGGGGUUUUGCUGCUGCAUCAAGUAAGGAAACCUGAUAGACAGAAAGAUAAAAUCCUGAUACCACUAGAGGGUGUAGUUUAAUUGUUAUGGCAUUGGUGAAGUUGCAGCUGAAAUCAGGUGAGAUUAUUAAAUUACUGAAGAAGUCUUCGACCAUAUGCAAAAAAAUAUAUAAAUAUAUUUUCUUUAAAAAUACAAUCAAAGGUCACACUCAUUCAACACUUAGAAAGUGACCGGCUGCUCAGCUUUCACUUGCAUCUCCUGUUAAAAACAUCAGAACAAUAACAAUCUAGUUAUCAGCACCUGCUGUGUUUGGUGGGAGGGUCAUAAAGCAAGCAGUAAAAGAGCACAAAAUUGGAAUGUUGAAACUCCUUGAAACUAAAUAUUAAGUUUGACACUGUUGAUUUUUUUUCAGCAAAAAAUUUAUAAAUGUGCCUUGAAGUUAUCAGCUUAAAUGUGUUAUGUUUUUGUGCAAGAUGUAUCCUUGUAUAUACAAUUUAAUGGAUUAUUGGUAUACUUUGCCUUUAUUUAUUUAUCUUAUGACACAUUUAAUUAAAACAUAUUUCCAAAUGGGAAUUUA